AUGGAGAGAAAAGCAAAUUAGAUUGAAUAAGAAUAAAAGAGUAAAACACAAGCAAUCUUAGUAAAUUUAUAGUAAGAAGUAGAGGUAAAUUGAUAAUUUAAUUAGUAUUAAUAGGGAUCAUUCAACAGAAUUGAUGCAUAACUUGAUGAAUUGUUGAAUGAUAAGUGUAAUUUGAUAAACAUAAUACCAUUUUAAGUAUCAUCAGAUUUAUCAAAACUCAAUUCUAAUAUUUUUUUUUUAGUUCAAUUUGAAAAUGAUGAUUUCUCAUAAAAAAUAAUUUCAGACAUGAGUCCUUUAAUCAAAACUUAUAGUCAAAAUCAAUAAAAAAGCAACGAACAACUAAAUGUUAAACCAUUUACUUAUUAAUUAAUAUAAUAGGCCUCAAUUAAAUAAAAUGAAUAUUAUUGUGCAAUUGCUGUUAAUAAAGAUUGUUCAAUAUUGGUUACUGGAUGUGACAGUUAAAUUAAAGUGUUCGAAUUUAAGUAAGGAAACUUGAAAUAAGUUUAACUUUUAAAUGAACAUACUUAAUAUGUUAAAACUUUGAAUUUCAUGAAGAAAUCGGAUCACUUUAUAUCUGGGAGUGAUGAUAAUUAGAUAAUUAUUUGGGGAAGAUAUGAAAAUAAUUCAUGGAUUUGUUAAUAAAAAUUAAAUGGACAUACUGAUACUAUCUAUUGUUUAAUAAUUAAUGAUAAUGAAGAUCUUAUUAUAUCUGGUAGUGAUGAUGAGACAAUUAAAUUUUGGUGGAAGUAGAAUCAAUGGUUGUGUUCAUAGACAAUCACUGAUUAUAAUUCUAGAGUAUAUGCAUUAAGUUUGAAUGAAUCAUAAAAUAAAUUGAUUUCUUGUGGACAAGAUAAGUUGAUAUUGGUAAUGGAACAAUCAGAAUAGAAUAAAUAAUAGACUGUUAAAUAAAAGAUUACAGUUGAAAUAAAAGGACUUCGAUUAUGCUUUAUAGAUAAUAAUAAAUUCACAUUCUAACCUUUUGCGAAAGAGUACAUGGAUAUUUAUGAGAUGAGUAGUGCUAAUAAAUAGUUUAUCAAAACAAAGGAUAUUCCUGUAAAAGGUGGUUAAGAUUGCUGUUUCUUUCCUUAAUAAUAUAUAAAAUCAAAAAGUAUCCUUGUAAAUAAAAAUGGUUCAAAUGUGAAUUUAAUAAAGAUCAAAUCAAAUGCUGAGUUUAUAAUCUAGUAAUCUAUUGACUUUUGGAAUUAGUGAGACAUAUGGAUAUAUGACUGAUGAUGGGUAGUAUCUGAUCACUUGGGAUGAUAAUUCAACAGAAUAUUAGAUUAGAAAAUAUUAAGAAUUAUGA